AUAUUCGAGGAUUCCGAAGAAGCAGGACCUGCAGGCAACCAGCAGUGGGGUUUGAAUGCUGGCCAACAUCACAGGCGAUGGAAUGUGUAUCUCGGAAUUUCUGCUGAAUGGGUUUCUGGAAGAGAUUAUAGCGAGAGUGAACUUGAAGUGAAGAAGACAUUACCUGCUCCUGAUAACUCUGAUGCUACAUGUUUGAAGUCUGCAGACGAGCUAUCCAAAGAAUGUCUGCCCGUUAAACGUCGAUGUCACGGUGCUCCACAGGCUCGAAGGGUCCAGAAAGGGAGGAAAAGAAAUUCAAGCUCAAGACUC